ACGGUCGGUCCUCAAGCGGCCGGUUGCGCUUCGAGCAGUGCCGUUGCCGGAGAUCUACCGAUCGUACACCGGAAGCUGCCAUCUAAUGUGACCAUCUCGGAUGAAGAGAACACCUCCGAGUACAGCCGGGCACCGUCCAGCCAACGUUCGACGCUCGAAUCGAAUCCGGAUCUUCCUGUCGCCAUCGGACUGGCGGCCAAGAAGGGUCAGCAACAGCGAACGGAGCGACUCAAGAAGCAAACGGCCAUGCAGAAGAGCACCACUUCGGCGAAAGAUACGGAUGACGAUGAUGACGAGGAUGAUGCCGUCGUCGUCGGGGAGAGUGAGGUCGAGCAGAGUGAGCAGUCCAGUGAGAGUAGCUCGGAAGAUGAGGCACCGAGCCGGAUUGUGAAAAUGAAGGUCGCCCCGGUUGCCGAUGUUGUCAACGGUAAUCGCGUUUAAGCUGGCCCUUCCUCUCUCUCUCUCUCUGUGAGGGGGGCAAUACAACAAGAUUGAGCUGAUGCCAUAUUUGUUUGAGAUUAUGAUGGUUGAUUGAUUGAUUGAUCGAUUGAUUGAUGCUCUAAAGAGGGAGGACAUGUCUGUUUUGUUGUUUCGUUUUCUGUCACAUUUUUUUUUGUUUGAACUUUGUUCAACUUUUCUUUCCCUCCCGCUCACUUCCUUCUUGUUCCGCCUCGCCCCCCGUUUAUGUGCCUCGGAUAUGUUGUACAGACUUUCCACUUCCAAUCCUUGUCGAAAUACUUUGUACAGCUCCUCCGAACGGAUCAUUCUCCGUCCUUUUUGUCUGUCUGUGUAUGUGUAUGUGUGCGUGUUAACGCUGCCACGUGGUUGGUGGGUGGUGCGAUGUUCCGUUCCGUUGCAAUUUGCCGGUAGGGUUGGGUGCCACCCCGUCGGCGGUACUAGAUAUUAUCCAGAGUUUAGUGAUGUAAGUGGCGAUCGGCCUGCCUGUUUCUGUGCGUGAUGUGUGCGUGCGUGUAUGCGAGACUGAUUUGAUUAUUAGCUUUAAGAUGGUUCUUGUUAGUUUCUCUACUAUAUGACUGACUGACUGAGAAUGACCUUGGCAAGGAAGGAAGCAAACCAACUGCGGUGAAAACCACACCCCCCUCCGUGUGCCACAGUCGGCUUCCGCUAGGCUAGGACUUGGGUGUAUGGAGACACAGGGCAGGGCAGCACCAUCGGGAACAAACCGAACAAAGUCAAAGACGGAAACGUUAAACAAUCGAACAAUGUACGCGCGAACGUGCAAACGUACAAAUCCUUGUGGCCUAUUUUAUCUGACGAUAUCUCUGUCUGUCGCAUUGUAGUUUGUUGUGGCGCCCUGUUUGUGUGAUGCUUUUCUCUUGUAUUUAGGUGGUGUAAAUGUGUGCGAUUUAGCCUGGCAGGUUGCCCCAGACCAGGUACACCACAGGGCUCGAUCAGUGCAGGACGAUAUGUGUAGGACGUGACGAAUAUGUAAUAUGUAAACUGUAUGCAAUACCUCUGAAGAAAGGACAUUCCAAAUCUAAGCAUAGUUUAGUUUCAUUUGUCCAUUCUGCUACUGCUCCGGCCACAAAGUCUACGGCUAUUACUAUUACUAUUACUAUUACUCUUACUACCAGUACUAUACUAUUGCAAUUUCGUUUUUUAGUUCCUAUCGUGUACUCGUAUAUCGUCUCACCUCUUUUUUUUUUGUAAGAAAAACUCAUUUUUAUAUAAGAAAGCUACCCUCUACUACCAGUUCGAUCGAUUAAUCCUGAUUUCAAUCAAAACUAUUUGUACAAUUGUCGCCACAUGUGCGUGCCCCGCAUGCUGGCACAGAGGUUGGUCUCUAAGAUUGAACCAAAAAAGCAUUAUACAUACUCGAGAGCCGAUUGUUUUGCUACCAAUUGCCUUAAUGUGGAGCCUGUGUGUACACUUCCACUUCCAGCCCCUUUAUUCCCUAGUUCCCGGUCGCACCCGAAGUUAGCAUUGAAAGCUGAUCACUCCACAGCAACUCAUUGGUACCUGGCCUUUAGCGUCUGAUCGUAUCGCAUCGUAAAAGGAAAAAAAGCAAAAGCAAAAAGGAGCAAACGUGGGAGUGCGUCAUAUUUUGUAGACAGAAGUAGAGCCCGCCUGACGCUCGGAACGACAUACGUUUUCGGAGAGAUUUUUCGAUUCCGCUAGAACGCUAUCCCAUCGACAGAGUGACGGAGCAUCAAUAAAGAAAGUAGAAUCGGGGGAGAAAGACCCGUUUCCGUUCGCACGCGGCUUGUAUGGCACUUUUUGCCUUCAGUUUUUGUACCGGCUGCUGUCCGCAAAUCACCACGCGAGGAAUGAUUUAUUUUUGCAAAAUGGAAGUAAUAUUAGAAGAAAUGUAAAAGAUACAUUAAAACUCCAAUUAUAUACUAGCGGGAAAAAAAAACCUAUAAUCAGCAAGCACACAGCACGGCUGUGUUGCUGCUCUGCUGUAAACUAAUAAUCGUUGUUGGCAUGAUAUAUACUACUUCAAAAUUGUAAACGGAAUUCAAAUGCAAAACCUUCAAAAUCAUCUAUUCUAACGUCUGCAAAUGUGCUCUGAAGGGCGGUGGUGCUCAGUGCUUCAAUAGCAAUAGCAAGCAAGAAAAAUCUAAACAAAAAAGAAGUAACGCAUAUACAGGAACAGGAAACGAAACUAGCCGAAGACACGGAACUGCUGGUGAAGACUGGGUGGAGCAGUUGCUGCGUAGGCGAUGUUAAAAGUCAGAAGGAAACCUCGUGUUGUAAAUCCACUAUCUAGCGUAGGUAAGAUACUUAAGUGGCGUCAGUCAGAUGUGGCCAACGCAUAACGGAUAAGAAAACGAGGUGCAAGCGCGAACGCGAGAGAUGGUAACGAUGGGAUGGUGUCGAAGAAAUAAAUUAAAGAAGCAAAUAUAAAACACAACAGCAUA